CCUGAGCCGGUAGCCUGGGCGGACGUCGUGGCAGAGCCUGAGCCAACAGCGGAGGGUGCGACCGAGCCUCAGCCGGAAGCUUGUAUGGAAUCCAUACCAGGGCUCGAGCCCGAACCCGAACCAGCGGCGGAGAUAGAAGAAGAUGGGUGGCCAUGGCCUAAGAAGGCCAAGAAGAAGGGGAAGAAAGGGAAGAAGGUUGAAAGCCAGGAGAUUUUUUGCUUCUGGAAGGAAACGCAUCUUGUAGAUGGCGGAUGGGAGGAUUGUUCCAGCUGUCGGUAGUACGUUCGCAGAUUCGUGUCAUCCUAUCAUCAGUCGAAAGCAAAUAGUUGAUUGGGGAUAUAAGGCAGCGGUUUUCACGGAACACAGACUAGAGAACCAGCUUCUGGACACUGAAACCUUUUCUGAGAUAGUAAUUGGUGCGUGUGAUAUCCCUAUCUGACACAUCUAUUUGACACUCUAUCUAAAAUAUCU